CACUGUUCUUGAGCUCAUCUGAAGGCCACAUGAAGUUUGGAGGUCUGUAGCGAUGGACUCUGCAGAAAGUUGGCGAUCUCUUUGCACUAUGCGCCUCAGCAUCCGCUGACCCCGCUCCGUCAGUUUACGUGGCCUACCACUUCGUGGCUGAGUUGCUGUCGUUCCCAAACACUUCCACGUUCUUAUAAUACAGCUGACAGUUGACUGUGGAAUAUUUACGAGCGAGGAAAUUUCACGACUGGAUUUGUUGCACAGGUGGCAUCCUAUCACAGUUCCACGCUGGAAUUCACUGAGCUCCUGAGAGCGACCCAUUCUUUCACAAAUGUUUGUAAAAACAGUCUGCAUGCCUAGGUGCUUGAUUUUAUACACCUGUGGCCAUGGAAGUGAUUGGAACACCUGAUUCUGAUUAUUUGGAUGGGUGAGCGAAUACUUUUUGCAAUAUAGUGUAUGUGUGUGUGUGUGUGUGUGUAUACAUACACUGAUCAGGCAUAACAUAACAUUGUGAGCAGUAUGAGGUGAAGUGAAUAAGACUGAUGAUCUCCUCAUCAUGCCACCUGUUAGUGGGUGGGAUAUAUUAGGUAGUAAGAACAGAACACUGAAGUCCUCAAAGCUGAUGUUAGAAGCAGGAAAAAUGGACAAGUGUGAGGAUUUGAGCGAGUUUGACGAAGGGCCAAAUUGUAAUGGCUAGAUCACUGGAUCAGAGCAUCUCUGAAACUGUUCCCGGUCUGCAGUGGUCAGUAUCUAUCAAAAGUGGUCCAAGGAAGGAACAGUGGUGAACCGGUAACAGGGUCAUGGACAGUCAAGGCUCAUUGGGGAGUGGGGAGCGAAGGCUGGCCCGUGUGAUCCGAUCCAACAGACGAGCUACUGUUGCUCAAAUUGCUGAAGAAGUUAAUGCUGGUUCUGAGAAAGGCAUCAGAAUACACAGUGCAGGAUGGGUCAGGGCUGUUUUAGCAGCAAAAGGCGGACCAACACAAUAUUAAGCAGGUGGUCAUAAUAUUAUGCUUGAUUGGUGUACAUAAACAUUUCUAUACUUUUCUAUCCCUUCGUACUCACGACUACUGGUCCAGCUGUGUGCAUAUUAUUCUGAGCAUGUCCUUGAUCUCCCUUAGGUUAGUGGGGUUUGUUCUUUCUGGGCUGUAACAUGAUCUGUUUGCUCCUGUUGCUCAGGCUGGUCAGAGUGUGGAUCAGGCUGCUGCUUUGUUGUUCUGUCGCUCCUUACUGAAGCUGUUCGGGGUCUCCUGAAUUUUUGCACCUGAACAUGGAAUAGGGCCUUUGGGUGCAGUGUAUUGGGGUCCUGGGUGUUGCAGUACAGGCUGAUGGUGGUAGGGUGCAAAGUGUGGAGGUCCAUGUUGCGUGUGGUGGGGCCCAGAAUAUAGGUGUAGGGAGAAGACAUGUGGGUGGCGAGGCCAUGUUGAGGGAUGGUGGUUGCUCUGGUACUAUUUGGGAGGCGGACAUGGAGCCGGCCCAGGGCAACAUCUUGACGGAGAUGGAGGUGUUUGGCAUUCCAGCACAUCCACAUGAUGUGUCUGUGUUCACUCUCUGUAUGGUGUUAGGGUGAAAGUGUGAUCUGGAUAGGAUCAUGGAGAUAAUGAUUUGAUUUUGGGAAAGUUUGUGUUGCUUUAAUGGCCAUUUGUCUCACUGAUUCUGCCAUUCACUCUUGCUGUGCUCUCAGGUCCUUUGUCCCCACAUGGACGAUGUGGCUAGGUUCACCCAGUUUUUCCUUGCACAGUUGUUGUAGGGCACUGUCUGUUUUGGGGCACCAGAUUUUUAAUGUUUUGUGGCUAUUUUUCAUUAAUGAACCUGCCAUUUGAAUCAAUCAAGAUAACUUCUGCAUUCUGGGGCAUAUUUUCUUGCUCUUGAGGGUUCUCUGGGGUCUCUCUGUUUUCUGUGGAGCUGUUGUUGGAGCGUUGGACUUGGCUGUAGAGUGUAGGUUGUUGGUGUCUGGAUGGUGAUGGGCUGGACUGCAGCUCUCAGUUGUGUAUGGGUCUCUGUCCAGCUCUCUGUCUCUCUGUUCAUCUCUCUCUCUGUCUGUUCGUCUCUCUCUCUGUCCAGCUCGCUCUCUCUUUCCCUCAUUCUCUGUUCGUCUCUCGCUCUCUCUCUGAGUGGAGUUAACCUGAAACUGGGACACUUGUGUACUCUAUAAAUACAGAACAGAUCUGUCUUCUGUCUGAAAGAGUGAGAGAACAGGAAGCACAGGAAGGAGUCUGUCCCUGAAAUCUCACCAUGACUUUGACUUCAGUCUGAACUCAGAACUCUUGACACACUAAUGAGAUAACGAGACACACAGCCAUUUUCUUAACGAAUUUUCAUUAUACAGAAACUCUGUCGAGUGGAGACUCUGUACUGGAGACUGAAACAGACUCUUCUCCACUAUCAGUGUGCAUUUGUUGAGACAAUCCAUCAGGAAAUAAAACAGAUCGUCAUUAUCAGCUAGAACGUUUUAUCAGCUAGUUUUAUGUUAAUUAGUAGUGCGCUGUGUUGGUGGUGUUUCAUUUUGACCUUUAGGGCUAAAUGGGCCACUAAACUACAGGAAGUUCUCGCUGUAAUCUUGAGGAUGAGGUGAAACAGUUGAUCAUAGUUUUAGAUUAGAUUAGAUUCAACUUUAUUGCCACUGCACAUGUGGGUACGAGGCACCUGGCAUAGUGAUGCCAGGUGACCACUGGUGCUGUGUGAGGACUGUCACCUGGUUUAACCUGCAAGUGGAAGCUUUUUGUUCAAGACGUUUCGAGUCGUAGAAAAUGAAAGCCGUCACUGACUGGUGUGAGAUCUGGAUGGUGAUAUGGGACAUGAGGAGUGGGUUUUCCAGGCUGACAGAGGAACUGAAAUCCAGAUCAAUAACAAAACCUGCUACCCCACUGAUCUCCUCCACACCAGCCGAGGGAUUGAUCCUUUAUUUUAUUUUCAAAUAAAGUACGUCAUCUUGAACAUGCUGGACUCUGCAACACCUCAAGACAUCAGCUGGAAAGUUAAAGUGGUUCUUCAGGCAGGACAGUGGUCCUAAACCAACAUGGAGUUGUAACGCAGUGGAUUAAAGACAAGAAAGUGUGUGUAUCGAACUGGACAUGGUGAAGUCGUGAGCUGAAUCCUGAUGAACACGAAAAAGUGUGUUUGAGCGCGGAGGGCCACAAACCUGAAGGACCUACACCAGUUCUGUCCAGAGAAAAAGGUGAACAACUCCAGCAAAGUGCCAAGAGAAGCUUCAGGAAGCCUUCAUCAAGAGGUUUAUACAAGCAUUUAGAAUCCUGCCAAGGAGAACGUCAACUUUUAACCUGCUGAGAAUCUGAUCCAGUAAAUAAAGCUGUAAUAAAUCAGACUGAGAUCUGAUCUCUAACAUAAACACAGCAGGUACUCUGUCGAACGUGACGCAGGAAGUGAACAGUGAGGUGAAAUGUGUGAAUGAGUUUAUCGGAGAAACUUUUGGCCUGAAUCUGAACACCAGUAAGGAUCACACGCUGCUGUUAAAUAUCAACAUACAGGUGGUUCAGGGUGGAGUUUACCUUUAAUAACUAUUACAGGUGCAGUGUGUGAUCUGAGUCAGAGUCACUGACCUGGCUGAUGUAACUGCUGACUUUACACCUGACUCUGACUUUACACUGUUUGCUUCAUUAAUCAUACUGUUAAACAUUCACGAUCUCUUUGGUCUUUUUAGCAUGUUUGUUUGUGGUUCGUUAUUAACUUACUGUGUGUGUGUGUGUGUGUGUGCGCUUUGUAGGUGGGGAGCGGAGCUGUGGAGUACAUGAACUCAUCUGCAUCAGAAAAGGCACUGAAGUGCUCCUGCAGUGUUAUGUGGGUAAAGUCAGUCUGAGUGUACUGACACGUCAGUGCUUGUUUCUAUGACAACGUGAUCACAUAACAGCAUCCGGACCGAGGCGCCUGUCACACCAGAGCUGUGUGUGUGUGUGAGAUUCACAGUGUCUCCUGAAGCUCUGGGUUUCCUCUCUGCCGUCGCCGUGUUUGUUUUUCUGAUGAUUCUUGUGUUUUUGUUCCUCAAUAAUAAACUGUCCAUAGAGAACGUCGCUCCUCAGCCUCUGGAUCACUACAGUAAGGCCAAAGAGCUGCCAGAUAAGGGCUAUGGAGAGGGAGAUUUUCAGGCCUGGUCAUCAGACAGUGAUGACGAGGUGAUGGGUCAGUAUCAGGAGGCCAUGACGCGCUCACGGGGUCUCCGAGGCCGCUGCACAGGGGCUGCAGCCCCUCAUCAUAAAGGCUUCGGCUGGGAGGCGCAGCACAAAUACUGCCCCCUAUCGGCUGAGUACGAUGGAUACAGCAGUGAGGCUUCUGCUGAGGACGUGAACUGUAUUCAGAGGAUGAGGUUGACUCCGCCUCUUGACGAGCUCCAGCCGCCGCCCUAUCAGGACGAAGACGGCUCAACCUCUGACCUCGCCGACACGAAGAGCGAAGCGCACGACCCCGAGAGCUUCAGCAACACCAAGGGCCUGGAGGAGGACGUCCCGAGUGACAGCACAGCUGUGCUCAGCCCUGAGGAUCUGUCCGUCCGUGGUUCCUCCUCUCCCCUCCUGAAGCUUUACUCUCCUGACUCGCCCUUCUCUCCGUUCGGGACGCUACACACCCUCUUUGACUAUGAUAUGCACCAGCGCUGCCUCUCAGUCACCGUAACCGCGGUAACCGACCUCCCGUCGCCGCGGCGAUCACCAGGCAUCACCUGGCAGCUCCACCUGGUGCUUCUUCCUGCCAAAAAGCAGCGUGCCAAGACAGCGGUGGCCAGGGGGCGGUGCCUCAGCGAGACCUUCCGCUUCAGCCACAUUCAGUCGGAGAGCAUCGGGAACUACGGCAUGCGGUUUCGUCUCUACAGCAUCAGCAAGAUCAAGAAGGAGAAGAAGAUGCUUGGAGAGAAAGUGUUCUACCUCACCAAACUCAACCUGCAGGGCAAAAUGGCCGUCCCUCUGCCUCUGGAACCCUGCUGCAGCACCACAGCCAGCGAGUCUCAGACGAGCGUAUCUGCUGCAUCGUGCAGUGAGACGGCGUCUACGUUCCAGUCUGCAGGUCAGAGGUCAUCACCUGAGAUAUUGCUAGGGCUUGUUUACAACGCCACCACGGGCCGCCUCUCUGUCGAGGUCAUCAAGGGGUGUCACUUCAAAAACGUGGCCACCAACAAACCUCCAAAUGGACUGUUCUGUUGUCUAAAGCACUUGAUAGGUGGGCAGGUUUAUAUUAUCCGAGACACAUACGUGAAGCUGACCCUGCUGAACUCCAUGGGUCAGGAGAUGUCGAAGUGCAAGACGUCGCUGUGCCGCGGCCAGCCUAACCCCACCUACAGGGAGACCUUCGUGUUCCAGGUGGCGCUGUUCCAGUUGUCGGACGUCACACUCAUCCUCUCCGUCUACAACAAACGCAGCAUCAAGCGCAAGGAGAUGAUCGGCUGGAUCUCGCUGGGCCUCAACAGCUCCGGCGAGGACGAGCUCACGCACUGGACUCAGAUGAAGGAGUCGAAAGGACAGCAGGUGUGUCGAUGGCACAGUCUGCUCGAGUCUUAGGGAACAUUAUGACCACCACCAAAAAAAGGGACAAAAUCAAGAACUGGAGAAAAAGCGCAAGGCAUUAUGGGAAAUAGAUGCUGAAUGCAAAGGCACUGAUGAAGGAAGUGAAGAAAAGGAAAAACUCAAAGCAGGGCAUUAUAUAUCUCACCCUCCAAUAAAGAGCAGGCGUGACUCCGACCCCGCCUCUUUACAUCACUGGAAUGUGAGGAUGAGGAAGGUGGAAGACAAGAAAAAGAGUUGAAAGAAAUUCUGGAGACAGGUUGAUGAUUAGGGGAAAUAUGGAGACUUCAGUUCACCAGAGCAGUGCAUUGUGGGAAAUAUCCAUCACACAGCCAGUGGAAUGUGAUGAUCAGGAACGGAGCAACAAAAGAGAAAAAUCCAUCAAGCAGAAAAAAUGUUAAGUCUUCGACCCAUGAUGAGAGAGAGGAUAAAGGAAAUCAGCUGAGCAGUGCAUCAUGGGUAACGGUCAAGGGUCUGAAGCCAUUCUGUUGCCUUUGGUUAGUUUUUAGGAAUUCAGUUGGAAUCGAGCAAAACCACUUUUAACCCGCAGUGCAUUAUGGGAAUGAUGGGGGGGGAAUGUUAACCUUUAAUAGAGAUGAUGGAUUUCUGUUUUAUUUAUUUAUUUAUUCAUUAUUUCCUGAUUAUUAUUGGUGUCAUUGGUUUUGACGGAACAGAGACAGUGGAUCAGUGACGGCGUGUAUAAGCCAGAGGUCCAAACACAGAUGUUUAAAAGAAACAACCAUCAAUGUUCUAGUUCAGACCUGGCCUCCCCUUGGCCACGCCCACAACAUCCAGUGUGGCUAGUCUGAAAUUAUUGCCCUUUUGAUUUUUUGCCCUUGAGCUGAUACGGUUUUAGAUUUUUGUCAGCUUGCGAACCAACUUCUCCCCACUAACUCUCACUAACGAGGGUUUCUAUAUCGGUUAGGUAUUGUUUAUAACUGUGGCCAAUUAAACGUCUUCCCCUUCAUCAAGCCUUCAUCCGAUUGGUUUAAACAUAAGUAGAAACACUCGUGUAAAAUUUAGCUUCGCUGAACUUUUAAGCAGCUGCAACAAAGCCGAUUUCAUCAGCGUAGCAUACAGUUCUCCAGCGUCAUCACAUAUGAUUAGCAUUGCUCUCGCAGUAAGUUAGCAUUAACCCUGUUUGUCACAUGUACAGCAAAACUUUCUGAAAGAAUCCUUCAGGGCAUGUUGUGGCUUGUUAGCUAGUGCUUCCCAGGUACUAACCACACAAACAUUCUUUUAUUCUCUAACAUCAGAUUUUUCUUAUAAAUUAUUUCUCAACCUCUAAAUAUGAUCGAGGUGACGUUCGUUAGAGCGCUGGAGCUAAAAAGUAAAAGCCUCAAUUAACAGGCUCUUCCUGUCAGCCAUCUUGUCUAGAAAUCUGUCAAAAUGCAGGCCUGUGAUUGGUCACUAGAGGGCGCUGUGAGACUCUUCUUCCCAGAUCCAAAAAGGUUGACGUGAUUAGCAUGUUAGCACAUCGCUGUUUGUUCGUCACACCAUUUCCUGUUUUUUGUUUGUUUUUUUUCCUCGAGCGAUGCUGGUUUAACUUCAUGAUUGUUACCUACUGUAAAUGCUUUAAAGAAUUUUUCGUAUCUAUUUUUGUACUGAUGUUUAAUACGUGCUAUGAAGCUCUGUGAGCGAACUUGAGUUGUAGACGUUGAGGUCUACAUGUGCAGAUUUUGCAGCUUUCAGUCAUUUCGCUUUUUUUUCUGUCUCGUCGUAGUUAGAUGAAUGAAUUAGUGAAAGAUUUAUUUUCCCAAUUUACAUGUGUCUCUGUUUAAUGACUGGUGUUAAAGAGGGAAAAGAAAACAGUGUAAGGUGGAGUGUGUGUGUGUACAAAUAUUCUGCUGUCUCUGUCCGUUUUGUACUGUGAGCUUCGCUGACAUCAGCAUCUCCAGGAAAGAUUAAUGACGUUUGUGUGUUUUAUUAAAAAAAAAGAAGAUAUAUUGCUGCAGAUCUCUGAUGAAACAAGCACAUUUUUCUGCAAAUGCCACAGAAACACACCUUGUGAAAGAGUCUCACACACAAUGCAUCUGACUCCUAAAAUUAUGACUGGAUGACCAUCAUGAAUUUUUAUUUAUUUAUUUUUUUAAGAUUUGUCUUUUGUCCUGCACAUGUUUCACUAGCAUUCUGUAGCUAAUCUGAAAGGAUUUGUGGCUAAACUUAGCACAACACAAGCGGUUUUCUGGCAGGAAAUGUUUAUACCCGUCAUCGUUACUGUUAGCCAUCUAGCUAGCGUCAGUGUUCCUCACAGGAUUUCUUAAGACAGAGUGUUUAAUUCAACUUUAUCUCCAUCUCCAUAAUCACUCAACCUUCACAAAACACCAAAGCACACGAGCUAGCCUUAACUAAUCUAACAGGAAGUAACAUUCUUUAUAAUUGUUAGCUGAAAUGGUCCUGACUGCUUCCUGUCCUGAGCGAGGAGUAAAAACUGUUUAUUUUAAAGGCAGAAUUUGAGCAGGAGAACCAGGCUGAGCUCAAACCACAAGAACCAGCUAACAGGAGCAGCUCAGGCUAACGUGACAGGACCUUUCAUUCACAUUCUGCUUCUUUUUUUACUUCGUUAGUCAGAGAGCUAGGCAGCUAGCUAACACAAGCUAACCUGACGGGAUUUUAUUUCAAAUUCAUUAAUAUUUUUUAUAAUUCUCAAUGCUAAUGCUAACUGGGUGGCUAACAAAAGGUCAUUGGAUGGAAAUGGCAUUGAGUUCAAGUAUUUUUAAAGGAGAAGUUCACUUUCAGAUCAGAAAUCUACAGAUAAUUUCCCCACACCCUUAUCAUCCAAGAUGUUCAUGUCCUUCUUCAGUCGUAAAGAAUGAUGUUUUUUGAGGAAAACAUUUCAGGAUUUUUCUCCAUAUAGUGGACUUCAAUGGUGCCCGCAAGUUUGACCUUCCAGAAUGCAGUUCCUAGAUCCUAACCCAGGAAGAAGGCUCUUAUCUAGACAAACCAUCGGUCAUUUUCUUAGAAAAAUAAAAAUUGUAGCCUUUUUUAACCACAAAAGCUCGUCUAGCACUAUCUCAUGGAUGCGCCUCUGCGACGCUACGUAAUCACGUGGAAAGGUCACGCGUGACGUAGGUGGAAUUACAAACCCAGUGUUUACAAAGAGAACAUGUAAAGACCAAGCAAGUGCAAAUAAAUCAAACACUCUUUACUAAUGAAAAUGUCUGGGUGUGUUGAUGUCCAGGUGCAGAGCGAACGGCUUCAAUCGCUCAGGAGUUUUUAAAGGAAGUUUGUGAGCAUUUACGUUAUUUCUAAGCGGACGUAAUCUUUUAGGUUUAGGUUAAAACGAUUUCCACAUCCAGGGUGUACACACACACACACACACACACACACACAUGAACUGACGAACUUAAACAAAAAACUGACACAAAGACGUAUAACUGUGUGUCAUUCCACACAACAACUUCGGAGCAGUCCUUCUUCACAUUAGUAAACACUGGGUCUGUAGCUUCGCCUACGUCCACGUGAUUACGUAGCAUCGCGGACGCGCAUCCCAGAGCUAGUGCUAGACGAGCUUUUGUGGUUAAAAAGUCUACAAUUGUUUUAUUUUUCUAAGA